CAUCAGUUAUCAGCUGUCUGUGAAAUGUCAGUGGAUACCGGAGUCUGAAAUCUACCACCGAAAGAGAUUUUUAACAAUGGCAAAAGUUGUUAAAAUCUUUACCACAAUUAGAAACAAUUGGAAAAAGUCAGCAUUCGCUGCAGUUGCAUUCUCUUACGGCGUUUCGUAUUCCAACGAAAAAUAUGAAAUCAACCAAAUGAUGAGAAAGUACUGUCAGGAGGCUGUGUCCUAUGGAGAUGUUGGAGAGCCAGUCACAGCUAAACAGAAGACAGUCCUGGUUAUUCUGAAUCCAGUUGCUGAUAAGAAAUCAGCUGUAGACUCGUUUGAAAAAUAUUGCGCGCCUAUUCUACACCUGGCUGGAAUUGCAAUCGAAAUAAUCAAGACUGACUCAGAAGGUCAUGCACGCAGAUACAUUGAAGAGUUAGAAUCUCUACCAGAUUCAAUAUUAGUUGCUGGCGGUGACGGAACAGUUUCUGAGACAAUUACCGGACUUCUACGACGACCGUAUCUCGAAAAUUGUCCUAUUGGAGUUCUACCAGUUGGAAGAACCAACUCUUUAGCCAUGCACCUGUACGAUUUCAAUAAAUCAUCAAAUUUGAAAGAGGUGGAAGGAAUGGCAAAUGCUUCAAUUUCAAUUGUUCGCGGAAAAACGGAACCAAAAGAUGUGAUGAAAAUAGAAGUUCUGCAAGCAGAGGGUGACACGGAUGCAUCAAAUGUUAAGCCAGUUUACGCUAUCGAUUCCUUACAUUGGGGUGCUUAUCGCGAUAUUUGGACAAGACGUGAUAAGUACUGGUACCUCGGGUCACUGCGAGACUAUGCAACGUUUCUUUUCAAUGCUUUCGACAACGGUGCACAGUGGAAAUGUAAGGCUAAAUUAGUGUUAUCGCCUCCAUGUUCGGGCUGCAAGAAUUGUUUUGUGAAACAUGAAGAACGUGUCGUUGAAUCCAAUCGGCGUUGGUGGUCUAGGUUUAUACCGAAAAUCAGUUUUUCAUCCAAUCGAAAAGUUGCAGGACCAGACUAUUCAAAGAUUACCAACGAAAACUGCAAAACUAGACACGAAAUCGAUGUCGAACCUUCUGAACUGCUGCUGACCACCAAUGUGAACCGACUACCCGAUGAAAUGCCGAAAAUGUCGUUAAAAAUUGGAAAAUAUGAAGAGUCCAGCAUUGACUUUGUUAAGAAUAGUUGGAGUCGAUUGGGAAUCAACGAUUUUGAAUGUAAGAACGAAGAUAUUCGGUCUGUUGAAAUUGUUCCCGAAGUGGUCAGUACGGAGGAAAAAGAAAUUUUUUUCUCAAUCGAUAACGAGUCAUAUGAGGUGAAACCGGUUAGAAUUACUGUGAUUCCAAGGGCUAUUCAAAUGUACACAUUGUAAAUUCGAGCAACUUAACGGUUAAUAAAAUUAGAAUUUUGUUUUUAUUGUCGAAA